AUGACAGCAGGUGAUUUGGCACAAGGAUUCCUUGGGAACUGUUGGCUGGUGGCCAGUAUUGCAGCCAUCGUGAAGCAACCCACCUGGAUCCGGAAGCUCUUCGUGGAAGCCGACUUGGUGGCAGGUCGCUUUGUAAUCCAGCUCUUCGAUAUGGCCUCAGGCCGAUGGGAGCUGGUCGAAGUGGACGAUUUCGUGCCUUGCACGCUGGAGGAUGACUGGUCCGAGAUUCCUUACACAGAACAGGAGGAUGGAACUCGAGUUUACAACUACCAAGACAUCUAUACCGCUCAAGGCACAAAACGGCUCCGGAAGAAGUGGCUGCCAUUGUUUGGAAGGCCAAAUGGGCGGCAAGUCUGGGCCCUUGUUCUAGAGAAGGCCAUGGCCAAGUUCGUCGGAUCUUACGCCCAUUUGUCCGGAGGUACGGAACCCUUCGCCUUUAUGGCGCUUACCGGAUUUCCACUGGUGUAUGUCUUCCAGCGCCCUGCAGUUGACAAAGCCGAGACUGCAGCGAUGCCGAACCACUGGCAAUGGCGGGGUGCGCAGUAUGCGGGCCGCAGUUCCACGGGUGUGGGCUCAGAAGCUUUGCCGGUGCCCGAUGACUUGUUAGAUGAAGAGUUGUGGGAGAAGUUGCUGCAGUACAUGGCAAGACGAUGUCCAGUCACAAGCUCCAUCACUCGCUACCCUGCGGUGAAAUCUGCACUGGACUACUAUCGACCCGAUGGCUUGAUUUCGGGCCAUGCCUAUGCACUGCUGGAAGCACGAGAAGUGCAACUGGUCCACGAGGGCCGGCGCCUUCGCUUGGUGGCACUGAAGAACCCGCACGGGGACUGGCGUGCCGAAGGAGGCGCCUGGUCCUGCACCUGGAUGGGUGACUGGGGCCAUGAUUCGCCGUUGUGGCGGAAACAUCCGGAGGUGGCCAGGCAGCUUGAACGUGCCGGUGCCAUGGUGUCGCUGCAGCCAGGCGACGUCAGCCCUAAAAGUCCUACCAGGGCAACGCAGAUGUCUGAAUCGUGCUUUUGGAUGCCAUGGGACAGCUUCAAGCUCACCUUUGACAAGUUGUGUGUCAUGCCCAAGCCCUUGAGUGGCGAUCCAUCAGUGGAUUUGACCACACCUGCCACCAUUCCUACCGUGCGGCGCGAUGCGCAGACGGAUGCCGUUGGCGAUGACCUGUGCCCCAGCCUCUCCAAGUUGGCCUCCCUCAAUUUGAGCAGCUGGGCUGUCUUCUUGCUUUGGGCUGCUGCGGCAUCGUCGAAGGUCGCAGUGAAGCAAAAGCCGCAGGCGGUACCGGCCAAGCACGUGACCAUGGAGGAGUUUUAUCAACGACCCUACUGCAACACCAGCACCCGGGACAUGUACAACUGCGUUGGAAAGCCUUAG